UCGCGAGUGAGUUUGAUAGGCUAAGCUCAUGUAGCUAUGGUGAAAAAACGCUUCCAUUCCGAGGUCUGUUCUCAUCGCUCUUGAGUAUCCCUUGAUUCGGCCUCCGUGAUACGGAAAAUACCACGCAGUGGACAGCUUUGAGUCGAAUUUCAAAUAAUUUACUACUAAGUCUAAUGCAGUUGAAAACAGCAUAUUAUUUUGUUGUUUACAUUGGUAAACAAUGAAAAUAAGUCAUAACUAUACGACGGGCGGCUGAACAAGAACAGGUCUUGUAAUUAAAACAGGUGGAAAAGUGGGUGGUCGAACAUUUAAAGACAAAAUACAGGUAAUUACUCCCCUCUGGAAUCGCGUAUCUACAGCUACGCCAUUUCAUUGACUUAUCAACAUCACUCCUCUGUUUGCUUGACCUAAUUGGUAGGUGGACAGUUUAAGUAUAUUUUUGAUAAGAUAAUAACUUCUGUGAAAUAUCGAAUCGUUUCCAUGUGCCGUCUCUUUUGCCCGUAUCGCCGAAAGUCAUGUAUUCUCCGAUGAUUCUUUCGAUAUUUUUGGUAGCUGUCCUGAUAUUUGGAUCGGCAAAUGGGGCGUCGUUUGACGGCGAAAUCGGCACUCAUACCAAGUCUGUUGGCGACGACGUCCAGCUUGACUGCACGGUUAAAGAUUACAAUGAAGACCUCACCUUCGUCUGGUACAGGCAGGGAGUUUACGAAUCGGAAAUGAUCGCCUUGGGAGACAUGAAAGUGGUACCGGGAAAGAAUAUGAAAGUCGAAAUAACAAAAGACGAAGCAGCGAACAGAGCGACCUCUACCAUCAAAAUAACGGAAAUGACGUUUUCCGAUUUUGGAAAGUAUGAUUGCGCCAUUCAGGGUGCCGGUGUGAACGGGCAGAAAAUCAGCGGAGAGAUAACGCGAGCGCAAAGUGAAGUGCCUGAUCCAGUGAUCCAAGUCAGUAAAGAACCAAACUCGCCUAAACAAGGGCAGUCUGUCAAGCUAAUCUGCCACGUGACCAGCUACGCGGGAAACAGCAUGCUGUGGUUUAAACUGCCAGAGAAAUCCCAUCUCUCAGCCGAUAUGAUCUCCGCCGGUCCUAUGGUGCUUCUUGACCAGACGAAAUAUACCGCCUCCCUCAGCCAAAAUGGCGAAACCGUCAUGUAUACCUUAGUAAUCAAUACCCUCAGUUCAAGCGACUCUGGCGUUUAUAAGUGCCAGGCGCAGGUUCUUGGGCAGGACUGGGACAAGAACCCAUCCGGAACUGUAAAACUAUCCGUGGGGUCCACGUCACCAAUUACGACCAGCAAGCCUAUCAUUACUACCACCGCGAAACCAACCUUAUCACCGCAGAUUCCAGCCACAAUCACCAAUACUAUUGGCGUGAUCUCGGCGGUACAUGGCAACAAUGUCAACCUCGCAUGUGUGAUCAAGAAUCGCAGAGGUCACGAGGUCACGUGGUCCAAGAUGCUCGGCAAAUACGCUCACCUGAUCACCAAGGGGUUAAAGAUCGAGCACCAGAAACGCCACCAUUAUGGCGUGGCUUUUACUGGUGACACCUAUCGGCUGACAGUCAAGUCAGUAACCGCUGAGGAUGGCGGGAAAUACCGUUGUUCCGUGAUUGGAAACAGUGACGGGAGUAUACCAAUGAUGGAGGGAUACCUUCUGAUAGAGCCCAAAGUGUCUGGCACUGGCAUUAGCAUCCAGAACGCCCUUGGGACCCAGGAUGUCGCGGCUGGGAGUACCGCUGUGUUUUCUUGCGAAGUGAAGAACCUCAGCUCUAAAGGUGGUCAGAUAUUUUGGCUCUUCGCUUCCGAUAACGCUCACACGCCCAAUGUCAUCACGAUGGGAUCACUGGUUCUGACACCAAACAAGAAAUACUCCGUGACGACUUCAACACAAAAUGAUGACGUCACCAUUUCGAAGCUCAAUAUCGCAAACGUCAGCGUGGCCGAGGAAGGUAUCUAUAGAUGUAUGGUGCAAGAUCCUAAUUUGGAGUUCGACGAUCACCCAAAGGCUGAUGGAUUACUCACCGUAGUCUAAGAGAAUCUGGCAGGAGCUUUAUAAAAACACCUUUCCUAUUUCCGAAAUCUACUAGCAGGUCGAGAACAGACUCUAUCUUUAAACUGAGAAGGUCCUUGAAACCACUGAUUGAUUGCUGUGGAGACUGGAGUAAUGAUGUGGUGUCCAAAAAGUGCUUUGAGCAGGGACACAUGGAAAAACACUAUAUACGAACUCAACAUUAUUACAUGUAUUAUUAUAAAGAGUGCUAAUAUUAUCAAGAAUUAAUGAGAACUACAUGUAGUCUUUAUCAGUUCUUGAUUUUAAACUUCAAUGCAUGACUUUGAAAAACCAGUUGAACUUUAAUCUUUGAAAAUUGUAUCUGGUAUAGCUAUCGAGGAGUACCAUGUCAUUCACCUGAACACAGAUCAAUGCCUGAUAACAGAAAUAAGUUUUUGCGUCGGAGGGAAUAAUAGAUUUCGCCGAAAACUUACAAACUUCUGAUCAUCGUUCUCACAAGAGCAACAUCCUAUCAUCCUCGGAUAAAUAGAUUUGAUACAGAGAAUGUAUUCUAUAAGUUUCUUUUCAUUAUUAUUAGGGAGGUUGAGAACAGCGACUUAUCGAGGAUCCUUACGCGUAUAUGUAUAAAAAUUUGU